AUGAUGAAGCAGUGUCGGUUAUAUGGAUGUUUUCACACAACAGGCAAGAGUCGCGAAUGCCCUCCGGUUGCUGAAAAGAAGGAGAACGGAGAACGAACGACGAAGAAAGAGCAAGGGGAAGCAAGUCAUAGAACGCUGCUGAGGACGGCUCCUGCGUUGAUUUCUGGAACAGAGGCCCUUGAAUGCGUGUGUGUGCAGCACGGCUUACUGGUGGCGCAUUUUGGACGGUGUCGCGACGAAAACACUUUAGAUGCGGUAGAAAGGCUAGUCUCUCCCGGACAACUCAUUGUCGGUGAUUGCUUGUCCAACGGCGGGCAAUGGCCUCGGUAUAUUAUAUUACCACAUGCAAACAUGGCUGCAAGCAACAGAGAUUUGCUCCCUCUUGCAUCUUCCCCGGUGCCUUCGCUGCCACAGACACCAGCCUCACCAGCGGUGCUCCCCACAGACGUAUGGUGCAACGUCCUCUCGCAUCUCCCACCCACCGAAGUCAUGCGCGUCCGGCGCGUCAACUCCCUGUUCUACGCCGUCGCGCUCGACCACCGGUUCCACCACCUCCAGAUCGCGGGCAUCGCCGACGACGAGACGCACAAAUUCGACGCGCUGGUGCGGUUCGUCGGCGCUGCGAUGUCCCCCGAGCUCGCGGGGCGCAUCAGACACAUCACGGUCUGCAUGGACCAGCUGGAGAUGCUGCACACGUUCUACGCGUGCACCGAUAUGGGCGCCACAUCCGCCGGCAACGUCGCGAUCCCCUUCGACCGCACGCGCGCGCAGGAGCUCGCCUAUGCUUUGUUCUGCGUCGUCGAGCGCGCGCGGGCACUCAGCAAAGUCCGGCUCGUCCUCUGCGGGACGGCGAAUCGCUACGACCGCUUCGAGCGCAGAUUCACGCAGGGGCUUUGGCACCGCGUGCCCCGCCCGCAAUCUGUUAUUGCGCUGGAGCUCGAAGUGGACGUCACGAAGCUCGAGGUGCUGCUGGACCUCGCACCCCAUGUCGCCGCGCCGUGCGUGAAGGAGCUGUCGAUCGUGGUUGUGCGGUAUUGGCGCCGCUUCCCGCGCAAGAAGGUCGACUUCAGGAGGAUCCACGCGCUGUUCGCGACGCUCGGUCCCGCAUUGGAGACAUUGACGUUCAGAUCCACGAUCAAGCGCCUCACGACGUCUGCGUUUGCCAACGAUGUCGUCAUGCCUGCGCUGCGCACGCUCGCGCUCGACGUGCGGUUCGGGGAUCUCAAGCCAGUCGCGUCCAUCAACGCCAACUACCCCGCGCUCACGGAGCUGUCGCUGCAUGUGUGGAUGCCCGCGACGACGGAAGUGGGCGCCCCGUGGUUCAGCUUCCUGCACCUCCCGACCCUGCGCAUCCUGCGCGUGGAGCUCCAGGCGACCGCCCACGCCGCCCAAGCUGUACAAGCUGCACAGGCCGACACGGUGUGGGGCGGGACGCUGGACGCGCCGCGGCUGGCGGAGCUGCGCCUCGCCGGGUGCUUCACGCGCCGCGCGACGCCCAGGGACCUCGCGCGGGUGUGCGCCUUCUUCAGGAGCGCGAGCGUGCGGGUUUUGGAUAUGGAAGUCGCGGAGAUUGACGAUGCGGCCAUCGAUGUGCUCGCUGCGGCGUUCCCUGCUGUGCGCGCCCUCCGCGUACGGGCGCUGAGGCGCAGGGGCAGGGAGUGGCCGCACGAGCCCGCGCCAGCGCCGCUGCGCGAGUUCCACGCCGCGUGGGGGAUGUACCUGUGCCGGGAGUACUUCCGCGCUGAUCUGCGACUCGGGUUUGGACGCAAAAUCGGGCUUGGACGCAAGAUCGGACGCGGACCCAAACUCGGGCGCAAACUCGAGUUCGGGCUUGAGCUGUGUAUACUAGUAGUGUAG